GUGGUCGUACGGUGUGAUACGGGUGGUACUGUUUUUUUGGUUAGGUUUUGCAACAAAUGUUUUGAAAUUUCUUUCAGUAAUCAUGUUUUUGACAUUUCCGUUGAUCAUUUUAUUGUUUAUGAGCCAGAUAUAUUUGUCCUUAGGUACAGGAAAUAGUACUGAAGCUUAUGAUCCUUCUAUUACAUUGGAUUUAUCGGAUCUGAAAUCAAAGGAUUUUUAUUUAAACAACUUUACAAUAUCAGAUCCUCUUACGAAAAUCUUUAUUCUUAAUCUAAAUGACAAUACGAGCUUUUUCGUUUUGCAAAUUCAUGCUUAUUUGGGAACUGUGGCGCUUUCACACACUGAAAAACUCGAACCGUUGAAACAUGUAAAUGGCAGCAAUAUUGGUAUCUAUUGGGGAAAGAAUAUGGAAAGUGUUGGUAGACCAAUUACAUUUUAUGUAAGAAGACUUAAUCCAGUACAAGAUGCAAUUAAUAUUAUGCUUGCAGUACAUACUUACGAGAAAUCAGAUCCAGUUCCAGGUGGCUGCAAUUUAAGUUUUGAAAUGGAAAAUGCUCCUUAUCAAAUCGUUACAUACGACCAUAAUCUAAUUACAUCUGAAGCCCAACCUCCCUCUUUAUACGAAUAUAAUAAAAAAUGUGACGAAAAUAAUAUAACUACUGAACUGUUUUAUAUGCAACUGCCCAUGGAUCACAUAAAUGAAGAUGAAUAUUUUAAUGCUUUAAAAACGAUGUUAACUAAAGAAGAUAUAUUGCAUUAUGGAACUAAGGUUUCUAAUGAUUUGAAUCAUCCUCAAUUCAAACAAUUUUACAACAUUUAUCGUGGUAGAGGUUAUGUUUUUGGUAUUGUAUCAACAUACAAAAAUCGAAGUUCAGUAUAUGUACCAAGCAUAUCUUUUGGCUGUGAUAUUACUGAUUGGGAUACUAACUGUGUUGGAUACGGUGGUCAUCAGGUAUGGGCGAUAACUUAUAGUUUCUUGAUUAUAUCUGGUAUAACUUCAGUACUUUCUGGACACUGGUUUGUGAAAAUAUCCAUCGGUUUUAGCUGGUUUAACCUUGGAACCGUUAUAACUUUUAUUUUGUUCGUAUUAAAUUACGAUAAACUAACAAUAGAAGAAAAACUUAUAUUCUCUUUGGUUGUGGGAGCACUCCUUGCUAUUUUUAUAGUCUUUUUGCAUUACAAAUUUGAGCGACCAAAAAUUUAUAUCUCUAUUUCUGGAUCGCACAUGCUAUCUGGUGGUUUAUUGGCAUCAGUCAUCGCGGGAAUAUUCCAUCCAUUAUCCAACAGUACUUUCUGGUACGUAUUUGGGGGUGUAUCACUAUCAUCAGUGUUAUUACUUUUCAUCGGUUUUCCUGUGGGUCACAUAAUAAGUCACACUUUUGUUGGAGGAUAUGCAUUAAUGAGCGGAAUAGCUAUGUUUAACGGAGGACAUAUUCAGUAUUUGUACAUAAAUGUUUAUAGAAGGCUGAUAGCCGAUAAUUAUGUCUCAGCAGUUGCUGGUCUAUCAUUUACUUGGAGCAUCUUUUUCGAGUAUAUUGGAUGGCUAGUACUCAUUAUAGUAGGAUUUUGUUUGCAGUUCAUGAUGUCAAGGAAUCGCAAUUUAUAUAGGAAAGGAUAUGCAAGUGUCCAUUCCAUAAGUUAAAUAUAAGAAGGAUAAGAUACAUACAUACAGACAUGGCCUCUAUGACAUUUGACAUAAAUUUCAAUUUUAUAAAAUUGGGUUCCGUUUCCAUUUUUUUUUAAUGACGGGCUUCCCAUUAGGUUUAAAUUAGGAUGAAACUUUUUACUCUUUUUCUUGUAGUAAAUAAUAGCUAAUAAUCUUGUAGUAAAUAAUAAUCCGCUCGACUAUAAUCCAAGA